AUGCCGGCUGACCGAUUGCUCGAGACCCUCUUGCGGUUGCUCGCAACCGCCGCGUCGCUCCUCACCACCCUCACGAAUCCGUUGAACAUCCAGCUUCUCGUCUCGCAGCUUCUGUCCGCCCCGGCGAUAUGGGAGCGUCCCGACGGCCUACGCACCUGUCGCGGUGUAAUGAGCCUCUUCCACUCCGCGACUCUUACCAUACUUCAGCACGAACGGGACGUCAAGGAAGGCACCGCCAAGCCGCCAUUGCUGGGACAGAUGCCAGUGGGCGGUGGCAUGCCGACAGAGGACUGGGCUACCGCAGUGGUCAGAGGCGCCGACGAACGUUCUCCGCGCUGGAAACAUUUGCUGGUUUUGGGGGGACUGCUGCUGGGAUCCGGCGCUGAAGAGGACUGUCGGCUGCCAUCUGGCGUGGAAGCAAAGCUUCAGGGCGCGCUCGUGCAAGCAACCAAUUUGGCGCUCGUAGAUGUCAGGGACGGCGACGAGCUUGGGGCCCAUUGCAUUGCAUUGGUACUCAACCACACAUUCCCGGUAUUGUCGGGAGCCGAGAAGGCCCAAGUGAACUACGAUCUCUUGCUGCCAGUCCUAAUCGGAACCGCCUUUUUCAGCAACGAAGGCUUCCAGUCCGCUUACUUCCUGGGCACUGUAGACCCUGAUGUCGUGGAAGAGGCGGGCCAAAAGCUGAACUGGUCGGCACAGUCGUCUUCAUUUCAUCAAAUACAGCGCAUCACAGCCCGUCCGCUGAUGGUAUCCAUGGGGCCCUUCUCCAGACUCGUCUCCCAUACAGUGGAAAACGUUCGGGAUGCUUGGCUAGUCCAAACAAUGAUGGACGACCUCGCUGGGUUCGCUCGGGCUCUUACUCUGCAGUGGCGGCAGAACAAGCUCUCUGCAGUUGAUCUCUCUGAAGAAUCGGAACGUCUGCAUCUAGAGACCAUCAGAACCACAUCCCCACUGCUUUGGAGACUCCUGAAGAAUGCCCUCUUUGCUACCGUCAUCAUCCUGAGAAGCACAUUGGGUCGCAUGCUUGGCGACAGUGCAUUGGCUGCGGACAGUGUGGCUCCAGUCAUUGUGACGCACGCACUCAACAUUCUCCGCAACCUCUACUUCAUCACCUCUCGCAUCGGUGCUCAUGCGUUUUCCCAGCACACAUUUGUGUAUCUUACGGCCAUUGACAUUCUCGCACAAUAUCCUCUCCAGGCAGACGCGUUCCUCAAAUCCAUACGUCCGGCGACUCUUGGGACUAUUCCAAGCAAUCCUCUGGACCGCUGUCACGAUCUUUAUUUUCUCAACACCGCAGAGCACUUUCCCCUCGUCCUUUCUCCGCAAACAAAUGAGGACCUGCUCGUAUCUGCUGCUACACCAUACCUGAGCACCGGCGGGGCGCGCCAUCUCUUGCCUCUUUUCGAGGCAGCGCACAGCGUCAUGCUCUCCGUUCUCUCUGCGCCGUCAUCCGCAAGUCAGGUCUCCGCCAAACACCUCCCCUUCUACGUAUCGUCCCUCUUCACCGCCUUCCCAACAAACCUCUCCCCUCGCCAGUUCCGCCUCGCAUUCAAAACCCUCUUGCGCGUCACGGCACCUCCGUCCCCGCUGUCCUCCUCCCAACCCGACCUUCCCGCCAUCCUCUGCGAGGUCGUCCACCACCGCGCCCUCUCCGCCCCGUCUACACCGCUCCCCACGGCCAACUUUCCGGCGCCGGGCCCGGCCGACGCGGAGAGGGUGCCCGAGGGCGAGGCGCCGCUGAGCGAGCAGGCCGUCCUCGUGCUCACGCUGCUCGACGCCCUGCCCAUCCUGCCCGUGCCGCUGCUCGAGGAGUGGCUGCCGCUGUGCGCGGAGCUGGCGAACAGGGUGGAGGGGGACGAGCUGAAGAGCGCGGUGAGGAGGCGCUUCUGGGAGAUCUUGGUGAGCGGGGAGAUGGAUCCCGAGAGGAGCAUGGUGGCGGUGGCGUGGUGGAGCACGAAGGGCGGGAGGGAGAGGGUCUUUUUUGGUGAUGAAAGUGGUGGGGACGCGGCGGCGGCGGCGGCGGCCAAGGAGGAGCGUGGGGAGCGGUUUUUGAUGAGUGGUGCGCUACCGGAGAAAGGGUCCGUGGAGGGCCUGGAAGAGGGAAAGCCGAGGGAGAGCAAGCUUUGA